AUGCCAAACCUUCGGUACAUCUCCUGCACGCGCUGCCAGUGGAAGGGAUUCACCCUCAGAGCCCUCUUCCGCCACAUGCACUCAGCUCAUGGCCAUGAGAAAAACUGGACCUGCGGCUUGGAAGGAUGUAUGAUGACGUACAGAUCCUACUUCACAUACCGCAGGCAUGUGACAAGCAAGCACAGUGGCCUCCUUGGAAGUCACGACUCACGAGCCACCUCUCAAGCCACCCAGAAUGAAGGCAGUGAGGAAACUGGGGAACCCACGGGGGCCGAAAGUACGGUGUCUCUGGACGAUGAUGGCAGUAAUGAAGCUGAUGACAUCAGUAAUGAAGAACAAGAUGCAUCCAGUUCCGUAUGUACAGCAGAUUCUACGAAGCGCCUUGCACUCUUGCUUCUGAAGUGGAAGGAGCAAAUGAGGCUACCAGAGUCCAGCUUGAAUGAAGUUGCAAAUGAUGUCAUACAUUACAUCCAGGACUUAGUUCAGCAAUCUGCAGAUACACCUGAUGCACAGCCACUUACUGACAUCAUUAAGGAGCUGCCUAUUCUACAAACAAAAGGUGGUCGGGAAGACUACUGGAAGAGCACACUGCCUUUUGUACAACCAGCGACGAUGUACCUGGGAAACAACUCAAAGGGAAAGCCAGAUACGUUCCAGUAUGUCAGCAUACUGAAAGUUCUCAAGAUGUAUCUGCAGUCUCCACAGGUUCCACACGUAAGUGUACAACAGGGCAGCGAAGGCCACCUCAAAAGCGUGUUUGAUGGCUCCGCCUUCAAAGGGCACAAAUAUUUUCAAGGCGAUACCAACAAGCUCUGUAUCCAGCUCUACUGUGAUGAAUUUGAAGUCUGUGAUCCCUUGGGUGCCAAAAGAGGAAAACACAAGUUGGUAGUCAUAUACUAUUCACUUCUAAAUGUGCCUGCUGAGUACAGAUCCCUUCUGCAACAUAUCCAUCUAGCUGUGGUUGCUCGGGACAAGCUUGCGGAACGCUAUGGACUGGACCGUAUUCUGGAGCCCCUUGUGAAGGAUGUCACAGAGCUAGAAACAGAAGGCAUAGUCGUGAAUUCUAUACGGUACACUGGGUCAGUGCUGUGUCUCUCAGGCGACAACUUAUCCAGCCACCGUGUGGGGGGAUUUGCAACAAGCUUCAGCCACGGUCGCGUGUGCCGCUUCUGCAUGGCUUUGCACUAUGAACUGUCUGCCAAGCACAAGGAGCAGCAUUUUCACAUGCGGUCUCCUGAAAGCCAUGCAUACCACCUCGACAUGUUGGAAAGAGGGUUGCCUGCACUUUCAUUAUAUGGAGUGAAAAGGCCCUGUGCAUUACCACUUCACGGGUUUGACCCCACAGAGCACCUGCCGCCCGACGUGAUGCAUGAUGUUCACGAAGGCAUCUUGCCAUUCCUCCUGAAGCACGUACUUUCCAAGCUUGUUUCUGACAAAUAUUUCUCCUUGGAAACCUUGAAUGCUUCCAUUGAAAAAUUUGGAUACGACCCAUGUGAUGUGAAAAAUAAGCCCGAGAGUAUACAUCCGACUGUUCUGACAGGCAAGGGCUCGCUGAAAGGGAGUGCCUCUCAGAAGUUCUGCUUAUUCAGGAACAUUGCUCUUUAUGUUGGAGAGUUCAUUCCGCAAGAGAACAGGUUCUGGAGGCUCUACACUAUGUUCCGAGAAGUCGUUGACCUGAUCAUGUGCAGAGACUUGCCACUUGACCACGUUCCUUAUCUCCAUCGCCGCAUCGAGUUUUUCCGGCAAGAAUUCCAGACACUGUUUCCAGAUGUGAGAGUCCCAUGCAAAAUGCAUUACAUACUCCACUACCCCACCUACAUCUAUAAGUAUGGACCACUCAUCCAACUGUGGUCCAUGAGGUUUGAGGGAAAACAUCAAUACUUUAAGGACAUGGCGAGAAAGCUAAAGAAUUUUAAGAACAUAGCUUUCUCAAUGGCACAAAGGCAUCAGCUCUACCAAAUGUACAUGUGGACGCAACCAGACUCCAAAGAUAGUGUAUCCAGCAAGGGCUGCAGGACAACCCCUACAGAGCAAGCACCUGAGGCUAUCCAACUGUAUCUAGCAAGCCAUGGCAUCGAGCAACGUCAGGUUGUUUCCAUGAAGAGCGUGGAGUUCAGUGGCAAGGCUUAUGUCACGGGCUGUGUGCUCACGUCACAAGGGGCUGAUGGUGAAUUACCAGAGUUUUUGGAGGUUUGCGGAAUAUAUUCUGUCAACCGACGCAUCCUCCUGCUUGUUAGGAAGCUUGCAACGAUGGAGUUCAACGACCAUUUGCAUGUUUAUGUUGUCGAACGUAGGGAGGAGACUUUCAUAACAGACAUUUAUUUUGAGCAUGUAUCGGACUUGCUCAAAGUGCACAGGAAGGGAGACAUGUUUGUCAUAAAUCCACGGCAGGCACUUAUAUGA